AUGACCAGUAAUGACAGACAUUCCACCUACGAUGCGCCUUACAAAACCGGGCGCCAUGUUCCGUUAAAUGGCCUGGCCACGGGUGAUGCGCGUCCGGACCUCGCAUCGCCCUACCACGACGAAACCGCCCGGCAUUCGGGCUCGACGUUCGAUCCCUCACAAGGGGCCUCGAUUCCCCCUGGUGGAGCACCUAUGAGCCCUGGACCCAAUAGACCCUACUCCCCCGGCAUGAGAUCGUUUAACGCGCGGCAGUCCAGCACAGCCGAUGGUUUUGAGACGCAGAGUCCAGCGGGCGAGAUUCCGAUGCAGUCAUUCAGCGAUGGCAUGCCGCCGCCGCCUUCGAUAGCCAGUUCGUGGAAGAGGAUAGAUAAUUGGGCCGAGGAGCACUACCCGGAGCUGUUCGAUCAGCUCUGUGAGGGGUGCACGAUCAACGACCUCAAUGAGCUCGAGUUCCAGCUCGACUGCUCUCUCCCGCAAGACGUUAGGGAGUCUCUGCAGAUCCACGACGGCCAGGAACGCGGUGGCAUCCCGACAGGCAUCAUUUUUGGCUCGAUGCUUCUGGACUGCGAGGAGAUCGUGCAGGAGUGGGAGAACUGGCGGAAAGUUAACCAAGAAUUCUUGCUCGAGGCCACAUUUCCCAGGCCCACGGUCCCGUCAAAGACUCUUGGAGGUAGCAGCGGCCAGGCAUCCACGUCAGCAGCUGCUUCGUCCAGCUCGGCACCGACAUCGCCUAGGAGGGGGAAUUGGAGACAGGAGCUGUUAGCCCGCCAAGAUUGCGUUCCCCCGAACGCGGUACAAAAGGCGUAUACGCACCCUGCCUGGAUCCCUCUAGUCCGGGAUUGGGGUGGCAACAAUCUGGCUGUGGACCUUGCGCCGGGUCCAAAGGGUCAUUGGGGCCAAGUGAUCCUCUUUGGGCGGGAUUAUGACACGAAAUACGUGGUUGCCCGGUCGUGGUCCGCGUUCCUGGCCAUUGUUGCCGACGACUUGAAGAGCGGGAGGUGGUUUAUCGACGAGGAGACGGGCGAACUCAAAUUGCGCGAGUUCAGGAACGCCCGUGUCGAACCGGCUUACUUUGACAUUUUGAGGUGGAGAAUGGACCAGAAGUACGGGCGCACGGCCGCCAAGCGCAAGUCGAUGGCGCCGGGAGCGGGCUCACUUAGCGCCCCGAACUCUCCUUACGCAACCCCUACAGAACCAAACAUUGAACACCGCGGCCGGUCGCUGCAGCGCCCCGGGGCCAUCUCCCCGAUCCCAAGCCCCAUUAGGCCCGGCUAUGGGAAGCCGAGCCCGCUCGCGCGAGUGGCCGAGGAGGUAGCUACGAGUCCGAAGUCCGGGGAGAAACUGGUCGAGGUUGAUACACCUCGGCAAAGCGGCGAGGAAAGUAAGGAAAAUGCCCCAAGACUCGCCGCCCUGGCUGCCAAUGGCGACGUUGCUAUUGAGCAGACCAAGCCCGAGACAAAACUGAACGGCUCGGCAGCGGUGGCAAGCGAAAAGCAGCCUGAUACGGAGGCAGAGGGGAUGAAGACAAUCGAGAUAUAG